AUCGGGAGUGAGUGGAUGAGAGAAAGAGAAUGCGUGAGGCGAUUUGAAAACGGAACCGAUUGCGCGAAAGACACGUAAGAUGUGACAGUCCAAUCCUCGGAAACGGAUUUGGCUUGACAGAAAAAAGGCAAGACUACGGAUUGCAGCAUGUGAGGGCGCGCCCGCGACACAGAAGAGAGAGAAAGCCCGAGAUGUGCUCCGCAGCGUCACCUUUCCCCCGAGAGUGAGCGGCACCGCCUGCGCCUCUGCUUUCCCCACCUCCCCCUCCUCCCCUUCUGCCUGUCUCCCCUAGCCCCCAACCCCCUCCACCAUGGUGACGCGGGCGGCCAAGCAGCGGGAGCUGUCCUCCACGUACCAGAGCUUCGCGGACACCGGCCCCACGUACUCCUACCUGGACCUCAGCCGCGCCCGGAGCGAUGAGUCCUUGAUGUGGGCGGCGGGCGAGGAGGCGGCGGCUCUCGUGGCGGAGCUGCGGGCGUCGCUGGCCGCGCCCCUCCCGCGCCUCGAGGACGAAGAGCCUGAGGACGAGGGGCUAGAGAUGAGCGUGGUGCCCCUGCGGAGGGCGUCCCUGGGCAGGAUUUCCCUGGACAGGACGUCUCUAGAGAGGCUGUCCCUGGACAGGAGCUCCCUCGGGAGGGCGUCCUUCUGCGGCAGCGGUCGCUCGCUCUCCUUCACCGACCUGCACUCGGCCGCCACCUCCGCCGAGGACCUGCGCCUCUUCUGCUUCCACCCCGCGCGUCUGCCCUGCUCGCCCCACUGCGCCUCCUCCUGCGCCUCCUCCGCAUCCUCCACGGCGUCCUCCAGGAGCGCCGCCUCCGCCUGCGACAGCACCCUCAACAUCCUGGGGGGAGGCGCGGUCAGGCGCUGCAACCUGCGCUCCUUCGGGGGCAGCUGGCGCUCUCUCCUCAGAA